CGGCCCGUCGCCCGGACAACCACCGGGAACCGGCCGUUGGCGCGCGGGCCGGACGCGGCCGGGGACCGAGCGGGCCGGGUGGCUGCGGGGCUCGGGCCCGGGCCCGCCGGGAGCGCCAGCGCGCACAGCAGCACCCGCCCCCAGGAGCCUUAGGGACUCCGCGCUGGGUCCGUUUCUCCACCUGGAGGAGGAGGCGACUUGGGCAGGACUCUGGCAGGAAUCACUCCUGGCGGUGCCGGGGGAUCGAACCCGGGUCAGCUGCACGCAAGGCAGAGACACCUUCCCUGCUACACUGUCACUGCGGCCCCUGGGAAAUUGUUCUCAAAGGGCUGGUGCCUGGCGACCCGAUGGCCCUCCCCACGCUGUCCUCCUCCUGGGGCCGCCGGCCGCUGGUGCAGCAGCAGCUGGCCCGGCAGCGCGAGCAGGCGGCCCGGCUCCAGCAGCAGUGGGAGCGGAACAACCACUACUUCCAGCUGUCUGACAUCCGCAGCUCCAAGCAGGCCGAGUGGAGCUCCCAGACGUCCUACCAGCGCAGCAUGCACGCCUACCAGCGCGAGAGGGUGGAGGAGGAGAAGAGGAAGGGCCUGGAGGCGCGGCGGGAGCGGCUCCGGCGGCUGCUGCUGGAGGAGCAGGGCCUGCUGGCCCGGGAGCUGCGGGACCUGCGGCUGAGCCCCGGCCUGGAGGAGCAGAGGCUCCGGGAGCGACACGGGCACCUGAGGGCCACCCGCGAGGAGCAGCGGAAACGGGUUGCAGAGCAACUUCUGUAUGAGCACUGGAAAAAGAACCACCCGAAACUUCGAGAGGUCGAGCUGGACCUGCACAGGAAGCACGUGAUAGACUCCUGGGAAGCCCAGAGAGAAGAAAAGAGACAGCAAGAGGCCCUGGAGGAGAAGGAGAAGGAGCGGGAGGAAAAUGCCUAUGAGGCUGCCCGGCGGGAGGCGCAGGAGCGGCUGAGGGCGGAGGAGGAGCGGAGGCAGCGGGAGGACGAGCUCCAGGCCCAGGCGCUGCUCCGGCAGAUGGAGGAGUUGAAGCUCAAGGAGCUGGAGGCCGCCGAGCUGAAGAAGGAGCAGGAGGACCUGCUGGCGCAGCGCUGGGAGCUGCAGGGGCUGCAGGAGGAGCGGGAGCGGAUGGCGGCCCUCCGGCAGAAGGCGGAGCUGGGGCGCUUCUUGCGACAGCAGUACAGCGCGCAGCUGCACAGGCGGGCCCAGCAGGUGCAGGAGGAGCUGGAGGCGGACAGGCGCGUCCUGCGGGCGCUGCUGGAGGAGGAGCAGGAGCAGCAGCGGGCGGGCGCGGCCCGGCGCCAGCAGGCCCUGGCGGACGCCGCGUGGAUGAAGCAGGUGAUCGAGGAGCAGCUGCGGCUGGAGCGGGAGCGGGAGGCGGAGAUGCAGGCCCUGCUGCGGGAGGAGGCCAAGGAGAUGUGGGAGAAGAGGGAGGCCCAGUGGGCCCGCGAGCAGAGCGCCCGGGACCGCCUGAUGAGCGAGGUCCUGGCGGGCAGGCAGCAGCAGAUCCAGGAGAAGCUUGAGCGGAACCGGCAGGCCCAGGAGGAGGCCCUGAGGCUGCGGGAGCAGCUGAUCGGGCACCUGGAGGAGGCGCAGGAGGCCGCCCGCCGGGAGCGAGCACAGAGCGAGGAGCUGAAGUCGGCCAGGAAGCAGGAGCUGGAGGCGCAGGUCGCAGAGCGCCAGCGGCACGCCAGGCAGGCGGAGCGGCAGGAGGAGGAGGAGGAGGCCGAGGCGAGGCAGGCCGAGCAGCUGACCGACGCCCUGCUGCAGCAGGAGGCCAGGAGCAUGGCCAGCAAGGGCCACCGGCCCACGCCUCACGGACAUCCCAGAAUCGCCUGGAACUGACCUGGUCGGUGGGAAACGCAGCGAGCAAGGACACGGAGCCUCUGGGCGGCCACCGUCGGCCUCACGUGCCCGUCCCCGGGUGCAGGCUGGGGGCUCCCCUCGGGCAGCAGCUCCGCGGCUUGGCACUGCGAGACGGGCUGGACGCAGCCCCAGCCACAGGGGCCCCAGCCCGUCUGUCCUCCCCCAGGGAGGGGCCCGUCCAUGCCCUCCGCCACGCGGGCUUGUCAGGCUCUGGCGGGGCGAGGGGGUGCGGGCCGAGUCCUCUGACGGGUGCCUGGUUCCGUCAUCCUCAGGGAGGACGCAGCGAGAGAGACGAGCACGACAGCCGGCCUGAACAGGGGGACGCGCCCUGCGCCCCCUUGCCGGUGCUGCUGCUGCGUGCACGUGGCGCCCGAGCACGUCGCCCGCGUCGCCCCUGCCAAGACGAGCCUCUGGCGCCUCCAGACUCGGGCGGGGUGUGGGCUGAGGGGCUUGCACUCUGGGGAAGCCCCCCUUCUCUUGGAGCAGGUUCCCGCGUCCUCUCUCUCCCUCUCUUCCUCAAAACUACCAAAUUAAAUGUUGUAUUUCAGAAGAGGGAGAAAAAAUUAGAGAAGGAGGGGAAUCGAACACUUUUAAGUUGCCAUUUAAAUUACUGUUGAAAAUAAACUCAAAGGUUACGGUGCGGGUUCCUCCAGGAGUGGCUCAUGGUCUGAUUCCCAGGGGAUCACGUUUUGUUUCCGGAAGAAAACUCUGAAGCCCCAGGAGGUGGAGAGACCCUUAGUCUGACGUUCCUGUGCCCUCACAGGGAACCUCCCGGCACCCCGGGGCGGCUGACCUGUGGGCAGGCCGCUGGGCACACGGAGUCUGGGGGGUGGCAGCCCCCUGCAGCCUGUUGUGCAUGCUGGGCCAGGCUGGCACUUCUCCGCGUGCAGGACCGUCCGUGUGGCUGAGCCACUCCCGCGCGGCAGUCUUACUGUUGAGUGACUCCCCAUACUUUCCCUCCGAGGUUUCCAUUUCCAUCCUGUCGUGUUCAGGAUCCCUGCCGUGAGUCAGCGUUCACUGCAGAGCUGUGUUCUCUGGUCAUUAGAACCCAGAAUUGGGGGCCGGAGCAAUAAAACGGCAGGUAGGGUGCUGGCCUUGCACACAGCUGACCCAGGCUCAAUCCCCAGCGUCCCGUGUGGGCCCAGUGCACAAUCGGGAGGGGCUGCUGAGUCAGGAGUGAGCCCUGUGCACAGGAUGUGGCUCAGAAACAAUAAAAUCCAGAACUGACCAGGAAGCCCCGAGUCCAAGGACUGUGUGACCUUCACUUUCACAGUGGGCGGACAAAGGGGACCUCUGGCCGCAUCCGGGAUCUGCUGCUUAUUUCCUUGACUAUGUUCUUUGCACAGGGCCCCUGAGCACCCCUGUCAUUCUGUGUGCUCAUGGGUAGCCCUGGAUUCCCGUGUGUGUUAACUGAAAUUAAGGUUUGCUGUGACACUGCUUCCAGGCCUGGGUGUUGGAGCUUUUAUGAACUGUGGAGUGACACAGAGCAAUGAGAGAGUUUUCACGGGCUUCAUCCUCACCCUCAGGUCGGGCCAUUUUCUAUGACCGCUCACAUUUUCUGGGUUCCGGUCAUUUUUCUUGUGAACGUGCUUUGUCUCGCCGCUGGCUUCCCUGGGAGUGGCCUCUUUCAGCCAGUCUAGGGGGUUCUCAGAGCCCUUUCUCUAAGAGCUGGGAUUGGAACCCUGAGUGCCACGCAUCCCGGGCUCCGGUCCCAGCACUGGGGCCCCCCACCCCCAGGCCCCACGGUCCUUUCCCGACUGGGCCGGAGACUCGAGGCCUGGCCUGGGUGCUGAGACACAUACA